AUGUGCAUAUGUCCAUCUCAUUUUGAGGGUGAAACAUGUGAAAACCGUGUAAACGAAUGCAGCAUUUAUCAAGGGACACCUGCUGGAUGUCAAAAUAACGCAUCUUGCAUCUUGAACGCGGACGGAUUUCAUUGUGUAUGUCAACAAGGCUUUCACGGAGCUCUGUGUCAGUUGCGAGCAACAGCAUGUGAAUUUUCACUGGAUUUAUGUGGCCCAGCUGGACACUGCAUACCAACUCAACCAGAUCCAGAAACCAAUGAACCUGGUUACCGUUGUCUUUGUGAGUGGGGAUAUCGUUCGUCCGCUGAUAGAAACAAUCCAGUUUGUGAAGACGUAAAUGAGUGUGAGUCAAACCCAUGUUAUCCAGGAACAACUUGUAUCAAUUUGCCUGGUUCCUUUAAGUGUGCUGGUUGUCCGCCGGGCAUGACAGGGAAUGGGAUGAUUUGUUUGGAUGUUGAUGAAUGCGCAAGUGAGGACCUGGAAACUUGUUCCAAGGAUCCGCCAGUGAAAUGUAUCAAUACUAUUGGCUCCUAUGAAUGUGCAUCAUGUCCUCCCGGCUAUAAGGGUAAUGGUCACAUUUGUAAGAAGCAAAGUCCAUGUGAGUUAUCUCCAUGUCAUCCAAAGGCCAAAUGUUAUAAUAUGGGCAUGAGCUCAUUAAAUGAAGAAGGUUUUCGUUGUGAAUGUCCUCUUGGAAUGAUUGGUGACGGAAUCGGUACUGAGGGUUGUUACCAUUCAAAUGUUACGCUUUGCCGAGCCGACACAUGCUAUAACCAAGGAACGUGCCAGAUAAUCUCUGAGGAAGCAUAUAAAUGUCACUGUAAAUGGGGCUACGUUGGCAAACGGUGCGAACUAGCCACUGCUUGUUUAAGUAAUAUAUGUCGAAGUCGUGGUGAAUGUUUAGUUAAAAAAGAUGGUUCAUUUGAAUGCGUAUGCUUAAAGGGUUAUUAUGGUCCAACAUGCGAAUAUGAGGAAGACGGUUGUGGUGGUCACAUAAUAAAUGAGACUGGUGUAAUUAAAUAUCCGGACUGGACAUGGUAUCACUUUGGUCGCAACAAAACAUGUGAAUGGAUCAUUAUAGUUAACGAACUAAAUAAAGUGAUCGAAAUAAACUUCACAAGUUUUCAUUUGCCAACUAGAUCAGCAACAUGUGCCAUGGCUGACGCAAACGUUACCUUACGCGAUGGAGAACAUGCAAACAGUCCAUUAGUUGGUGUAUUUUGUGGUCCAAGAGGAUCUACCACUGUCCCGGUUUCUCGUCCAAUUUAUUUUUCAUCGAAUAAGGCGUAUAUUGCGUUUGUUUCUGGUAAAAGUAGUAUUGGAACUGGUAACUUUGCACUGCACUGGAGGACUGUUGAAAAAAAAUGUGGUGAACGAAUCUAUAGCGACGAUGGUCAAAUAUCACUUUAUGGUUAUAAAAGAAGCGAAAUUUGCCAAUGGCAUGUUUCUGUUGAUCCAAAAAUGCACAUUGAAAUUACCGUGGAGCCGAUGAAACUUGCAUCAGGCGAUAUUCGGAAUUGUUCAGUCAACUCGCUGGAGCUCUUUGAUGGUCUCGAAAUUGACGAAACCGAACGUAUAUUGCAUCUAUGCAGUAGUGAGACUACACGAACUUUGGUGCGUACUACACUGCCGUACUUUACAGCUUACUUCAGGAGCAAUUAUCCGGCUGAUUUCCCAGAAGAACAUUGUGAUGGUGACUCUCUCUGUAGUCGUGGUUUCACUAUACAUUAUCGAACUAUUAAACUUGACAAAGACUGUGGAGGUACAAUUUUACCUGAUGCCGAUAAUGCCUUUGAAGGUUAUAUUCAGUCACCAAAUUAUGGUUUUAAUUAUUUCCCAAAUUUGGAUUGCCUAUGGCUCCUUGACGCUUCAGCUGUCGCUAAUGCCUACGAUGCAAAAGUGAUAAAAGUGGAAAUUGUUGAUUUAGAUAUACCCUCUGCUCCUGCAAGAUCUAUCAAGGAAACGUCUCAUUUUCGUCUUUCGUUUUCGGAAUCAACCGCUCCAAAUCAGCGCUUAGUGAAUCUUAUAAGACCGUGUCGUUUUGAUCAUAUUACUUUCAGAAAUGGUGAAGAUACAUCACAUCCUAUACUCGGACGUUACUGUAACGGUAGGCUACCCGAAGGUCCGAUCGUAUCAUCAGGACCAAAAAUGGUUAUACAGUUCCACUCGAAUCAGUCCAUUAAUGGAAAGGGAUUUAAGAUUCAUUAUUCUGCGGCAUGUGAGAAGCAUUUUACAUCAUCGAAUGGAACUAUUCAAAGUUCUAAUUAUCCGAAUGGUAGUACUCAACCAUUUAAAUGCACCUAUGUUAUUGAUGCUGAAAAAACGAAAGCGAUAAGACUGAAAUUUAAUUUCAUUGGGCUAAAUACGGAUAUUAAGACAUGCUUUUAUGAUGUCACUAAACAUAAUCUAUUGGAAGACUAUGUCGAAUUUUCUGGUGGCCAUGAUUCACACGAUCAGAUCAAUAAACGAUACGUUUGCGCACGGUAUCCAUUCGUUGCACCUGACGGAGAAAUGGUAACAAGUGCUUCAAGGUCAUUGAGAAUCACAUUAAGUUCAAGCGGUAUUAGUAAUAAAGGCAUACUUUUCUUAUACGAGCAAUUUGAUGUCGGUUGCGGUGGCAUAUUUGAGGGAGAAUCAGGCCAAAUAACAAGUCCGAAUUAUCCGGAAAAGUAUCUGGCGCAUAUGUACUGUAUAUAUGUGAUUAGCACACCGAAUAAACGAAUUCGGCUAACAUUUGAAGUGUUUGAAUUAGAAGUUGUACCGAGUCGAGAAGACUGCUCUUUUGACAGCAUCGAAAUAUAUGACACUUAUGUAAAUGAUGAUGAUCAUAGCGAAUUACAUGGAAGAUACUGUGGCACGUUACUUCCGCCUCCAAUUUUAUCUACCGGAAAUCGACUAACCAUUGUAUUCAAAAGUGAUCGAUCAGUUAAUGGCGCUGGCUUUAUGGCCAAAUGGCAAAUUGUUGAUGAUAAGAUUGAUUGCCACAGAACAUACACAGCCACAAGCGGUAGAAUAAUAAUUCAUGCUGAGACGGAGAUGAAAUUUGUGCAAUGUGACUAUCAAAUUGCGUUGCAAUCCUCGAAACGAAUUCUUCUUCGGUUUGAAAAUUUGUCAGCUCCUUGCGACGAAGGAACAUUGAUGCUAAGAAAUGGAGUGAAUGAACAAUCUCCUGGGUUUGGUGGGCUUUUCCGAGAUUCCGAAAUAUGUGAUGAUCAUCCCGUUAGGGAACUGCGAUCUCAAGGCAAUCGUGUGUUUAUGCGUUUAACGACGAGAAAUGCACCUUCAGUGAUGUUCACUAUUUACUACCAGCAAAUUGAUUCUGAUUGUGGGGGACGUUUAGUCGGUUUCAAUGGUGCCUUAUCAGCCCCACAAUAUCCGUUGAAAGAUUCGCGAACUCUGAAUUGUGAUUGGCACAUUCAUGUUGCAGCAGGUAAUCGAGUGCGUUUCACGAUUACAGUGCUUGAUGAUUUGAAUUCAGCUGAUUCCAAUGGCUUUUGUUCUUCAUUUGCACCAAAUUAUAUUGAUGUUGCCGAAGGUUCCUCGGCAUCUGCACGCAUACUAAGGCGUUAUUGCAAAAAAGAAAUCUCGUUGUCAUCUGUUGAUUCUGAGAAGAACGAAUUAACAAUUCGAUAUCGUCAGCAUGGUGGCACUCAUUUUGGUUCACUUUUUGGGUUUCUCGCUCAUUAUACUACUGUAUGCAAUCAAAUUUUGUUGUUUGGUCAACAUGGUAUCCUUCAAAGUCCAGGUUAUCCAGAACAAACUCUUGAAAAUCGUUUCUGCAAAUGGCGGAUACAAACGACAAAAGGGAAUCGGAUACGACUGAUGUUCCAUUUUUUUAGGAUUACAGAAUCAAAUGCUCGUUUUACAUCAACUUGUCUUAUCAAUUAUCUUGAAUUUGGUGAAAACCAGAUACUAGAAUCCUCAAUAACAAUUGGUGGUCAACAAAAUCACACAAAAACAACGCGAAAAUUCUGUGACCAUAUCGGCAAACCGGUUUGGAUUUUAACCGAAAAUGAAGUAGUUGAUAUUACAUUUUCUUCAAAAACUGAACCCGAGAAUCACUUCUGGCUUUCAUGGUCAAAUGAAGGUUGUGGUGGUGAUAUUACUUCACCAACAACUGUAAUUGUUCAUGUCGAAAAACUAGCAAAUAAUUCAAAAAUCUAUGAAUGCAUAUGGAAAAUAGUUGCACCGAUCGGAAUGCGAGUGCUGUUUUAUAUCAAGAAACUGUCAAUAUUUGAAAUUGCUGAAGAUUGUAAUGAAAGUGAUAGCGAAAAUUUCAGCGGUCUUGCUUUUUACUCUGGUACAAGUAAUGCAACUGGUUUUGCUCAAAAAGUUCUUUGUUCGAGCAGAGAGGAAGACAAUUAUACAUCACAUACAAAUGAAUUGUUUGUAAAAUUCAAAAUCCCUAGCAAAUUAGCUAAACCAGAUGGGAAAAAACGUAUCAUGACCGGAAAAGUAUCGUUCAUACCUGCAAAAACAGGUGAUGAAUGUGGAGCUGUCAUCGAGAUGGGAUGGAACGAAACAAUCCAAUUACAUUCACCAAAUUAUCCAAAUCUUUAUCCAAAAUCGAUUGAAUGUAUUUGGUUAAUAAAAGCGCCAAGUGGCUACCUGAUUCGGUUUAAUUUGACACAUUACACAGCCUUAAGUUACCACCCUCAACGACCUGAUAUAAAAACAUGGCGUUCAAAUUUUGCUACAAAUGUUACGUGCCAGAACUCUCAAAGUGUCCUUGAAGGAUCAGUAACAUUUUAUAAUGGCAAUAAUACUAAUGUGGAAAUAUUGGAACGUUUCUGUCACAAUUUGAAGCAACCGAAAAUUGUUAUAUCAACAACCGAACAGGCACUAGUUACUUUCCAAGGCGGUCCUUAUGAACGGGCUUAUUUAUCGGGGGACGAUGAACGGGCUCACAAUAUCGGUUUUGUGUUGUACAUAUCUUUAGUAUGUGGUGGUACACUAUAUGCCGGGAAUGAACUCAAGACAUUCCAGCUAUAUGUGGUCAAGGAGGACGAAUGCAAAUUUCUUAUUAAAGCUGAAGAUGGACAACGCAUAUAUUUUCGUCUCGAUCAGAUACGUUUUAACAUACAUAGGGCUUCCAAAGUACGCAGUAAAUCUAGCGCUACUGUUGUCAUUUAUGAUGGCAUGCAAGAGGACUCAUCCACUCUCGGAAUGUAUCAUCUUGAGUGCAAUCCUUCAAACUCGGAACAAAUAUCACGCGCGUGUGCUAAUAGGGAAUUACGCUCUACAGGCAGUGUUCUCAGCGUAUAUUUAAAAGGAUUAAAUACAAUACAUUUAGAGCAUAUUCACUUCUCAUAUUCAACUCAGAUCGAAAGUUGUGGUGGUACCAUUCAUUCUAUCGCUGGAGUCAUAUAUUAUCCGUUCAUUGAAAAUGAUUUUGAAUGUGAAUGGUUCAUCAACAACACAGAAGGAAAUAAAGUGGAACUCGAAAUUUUCAAGUUGAAAUUACCUUUUUCGGAAUAUUGUGCAGAAUCUUACUUGGAAGUUCGUGAGAGCAAUAGCAGCGGGAAAAUUGUGACAAGAGCUUGUUCUUUUGAAGAUGUAAUGCCAACGAUGAUUAGCCGAGCAUUUUGGAUAAGAUUAAGAUACAGUGGCAGUGAGGAUGACAGCAGUGAUAUCGAGCCAUUAAAACCUGAAUUAAUGAUUAAAUUUAAAAAGGUUUUUGGCGGAAUGACAAAUGAUGGAGUGGUAAGUUCACCUAUAGCCGAAGAUUGGCAAUCGAUGCACUUUACACCGGUUGAAUGGACAUUAAUUGGUGAGGACGAUCACUGGUUAAGAAUUUCAAUUAAAAGUAUUGAUAUACCCGAUGAACGAGAUGAAAAUAAUCUUGAUAUCGAACAGAGGGAUUCAUUGAAAGGACUUGUUUUCAGUGAAGGGAUUUGCACAUUGAAUGGUAAGAACGAUGGAUGUGGACGAGUGGAAUUUGUUCAUGCGGGGUACAUACCACCAAAUGAUUUCUUCAUUAAAUCGAAUUUGGCCACGGUCUUAUUCAAUGCUCCACCUGGAAGCUCAUUUCGAUUUGUUUGGGAAAAUAUUCCACUUACUAUGGUUAAUACUUCACUUCCAAAAGCAAACCAGGGAAUUAAUGAAGAUUUUAUGCGGGAAUUCACUUGCGGUGGCACCCUUACGGCAACAUUUGAUCCGCAAUAUCUUACAAAUCCUGGUGGGAUGUCUACAGAUGGCAAAUUCACAACCACCCUUCCACUUACAUCAACUAUAGAAGUAUGGCGAUCCAUUAAUAUGUACCGUCUCUCGAGAUGGCGUGGGGGAUACGGUAAUAAUUUAAAAUGCCGAUGGACGAUAAUUAGGCCAAUGUUUGCUGGUGUCAUGCUUAAAAUAAUUUCGAUGGACCUUGAGGAACAUAUUGAUUGUCGCUUUGACUAUAUUGCCAUUUCAUCAGAUCUAAGCGGUGUUAGUUAUGAUGAUGGACAACUUGUUGGCAAUGUUGUCAAGUUUUGCAAACACAGAGAUGUGGGAACGAAAGAGCUGUUCAGUUCGGAAGAAGCGGUAACAAUCUUUUUCAUGACAGAUCGGAAUAGAGGUGGUCGAGGAUUUGUUAUUGAAUACAAAUUGGUUUGUCAAUCGUUUGAUUACAUACCAAUAUCUCUGGGUGUUUUUGAUCAGACUAUACAAAGUCCAAAUUAUCCAAAUGAAUACAAUAACAAUUUGUCAUGCUCAUGGUCAAUUAUGUUAGAAAGUAGUCGACCAAUUUUGGCUAAAUUUCUUACUAUGGAUAUUGAGGAGAGUCCGUCAUGUAAAAAGGAUGGCAUCACUGUGCACUCUAGUCCUAUCUAUUCGGACGGGAAUGCCAAUGAUAGAUUAUGUGGCAGUCUUUCUGGAUGGAAUAAAACUUUUUCAAAUGGAAGACUUUUUAUUGGUUUCGCAACCGAUUCAAAUACUACGGGAAAAGGCUUUCAAUUGCAACUGAAGGAGCAAAUUCAUGACUGUAGUUCAGAUAGACUUAUUCUUACUGAAGGCGAUCUUCCGAAAGUGCUCACUUCGCCAGGAUUUCCAAAAACAUCACCGAAUUCUUUGGACUGUAUUUGGACAAUCAGCGCACCGAGCGGACACCGCAUAAAAUUCACUGUUGAUCCAAUCAGUUUCAAUCUUGAAGACAGUUCGGUGGAGGAUGUGUGUUCUGGUAAUUACUUGGAGGUUCGGGAUGGACCUUCAAAGUUAUCACCGUUAGUUGGACGAUACUGUGGAAAAGAACCACCAAGUACUAUUUUCAGUACUGGAUCCUAUUUGAACAUUCAGUAUCAGACAGAUUCAUUCGUUCAUUUUUCGGGUUGGAAUGCUACUUAUGAAAUCGCAUCAUGUGGUGGUAGUGUAAUUAUUCCUAUGAAUGGAAAUCGUGUGAUUAUUAGUCCAAAUUAUCCCGAACCUUAUCCAAGCCAAGCUACUUGUGAUUGGACGGUUGUAGCCCCUCGAGGACACUACGUCAAUGCAACGUUCGAUCAUUUAUGGAUUUUAUUUACUGAAAAUUGCACAGAGGACAGUGUUGCUCUACGAGAACGUGGUGAAUACAUUCUGAAACCAGUGUGUGUAUUCAACGCAGUACGUGGUAAACAUUUUACGUCAUCUCAAAAUAUUAUGGUUGUUUCAUUCCGAUCAAAUAAUACUGUGGGUCGAUCGAAUCGCUUGUUUUGCUUGGAAAAGAAAUGUGGUUUCCAUCUCAGUUUAGUCCCCAGCAAAAUAGAAUGUGGAGGAGAUGUAAAUGAUGACUCUGGUUAUAUUACCGCUCCGGGUUAUCCGAAUCAGCUCCAGACACAUAUAAUGUGUGACUGGACAUUUCGAGCAGGAAUAGGCUUCCGCUAUGUUUUUGAUUUCGCAUUCGUGAAACAUGAGAAUUUCUAUCAGACCAAAUACAACGAAGUUGGCUGUUAUCCGGAUAUUUAUAUCGCUAAUGGUCUGAACAGGCCAGUGGAUUACUAUGGUUUUGUGGAUCAUAUUUUUUGUUUUAAUGAAACCCAGUUUGUUUCGACGGCGGAUUUAAUCACAAUUCGUUAUGAUGAUCGAGCUGCUAUGUACGAAAAACAAAAUAUGAAGGAACGUGGAAUACCGUCGGAGAAAGUUUAUGCUCCAUUUCGAAUUACCUACUUAAAGGUACCAGCUGAAUUCGACGAAAACGCAUGUAUGUAUCAUGUGAGACGGAAUAAAACAAUUGAACUGAAAAGUGUAGACGUUUCGAGAUAUUCCGUCGCCACAUCACCUGAUAUUGAUUACUGUCACUUACUCAUAGAACGACAAUUUGUAGCAGGCACUACAGUGUUACGUUUCAAAAAUUUUUCCUCCUCUGAAAAUUCAUUUUGGAAACCUAAUAGUAGAUGCUUGGACACUGAAAGCUAUGUACUUGUAACAGCGCUUGGUAAUGAACCAUGGCCUUUCGAAGCACGCUUUUGCGAUGGAUCCUUUAAAAAAACUGCUAAUUUCACAGUGGCAUUACCACAUAGAAGUUUCGAUAUUCAUGUUUUCCAAAAAUUGCAUUUGUCAUCAAUCUCUUUCAAUCUCACCGUCCAGUUCUUACCUUGUGGUGGUUUGAUUCAAGGCCCAGAAUCGGGUAUUUUAACAAGUCCUGGUUUUUAUGGAAAGGAAAACAGCACUUACGAACCUGAUACUCAGUGCGUUUGGAGUUUGAAAGCUCCUGAAGGACAAAUUGUUAAGAUUAAAAUAACUGAUAUGGAUUUGGAAUAUAAUGUAGAAUGCAAGCACGAUUUCUUGAAAUUAUUUGAAGGAGGUGGUACUGAUGCAUCAUUAGUGCAUGUGUACUGCAAUAAUCCACAAGAUGAACCAAUACAAGAUCGAUUCAGAGAAGUGAAAUCAAGAGGACGCUACCUAACACUUUAUUUUUUCACGGAUAUGUCUAUUGAGCGCAGAGGAUUUCGUUUAGAAUACAGUUUUUCUGGCUUUGAGGAUGAAUGUGGAUUUACAACAAACCGCAUGACAGGUACUGUGAUAAGCCCAAGAAAUCCACAGGAUUACCCUAAUCAUAUAUACUGUUUGUGGGAUAUUUCGGUACCGUUUGGCUACCAUGUGGCACUGUACUUCCAUCGUUUUGACGUACAACAAUCAGAUGAUUGCAGCAAAGAUUACGUUAAGAUAAGCCAGGAACAUCACUCAAGGGCUAUAGCACCAGUUGGAGGAUAUUACUUCAUGUUUGAUCAUGAAGAAGAGCUAAAGAAGAUUUGUGGAUACGAAACACCUCCUGUAUUUCAUUCAGAAAGUAAUCGUAUCAAAAUCGAAUUUAAAUCGGAUGGCAAAAUAACAGGAAAAGGAUUCAACAUAACAUGGAAAUCAGAGUGUGGUACUACUUUUCGAUUGAAUCAUGGUGUGGUUACAUCACCCCAUUACCCGCGUUUUUACCCAAAUGAAGACAUGGAAUGUGAUUAUUUAAUAGAGCCGGAAUACGAUGGUACACUUAUAAUCACAUUAAGGAUUCUUGACCUGGAGCUUGAUCCUUAUAUUUACGAUUACAGUCGACAGCCAUGCAAUACAGAUUUCUUGGAGCUAAGAGAUAUUUCAGCAAAACGUGUUAUUGAUACAUUUUGUGCUAAUAGUGAUAUAAGCAGUGAAAUAGCACCCAUAUCUGUUAAAGGACCAGUAGGUGUUCGUUUCGUGUCAAAUACAUCAGUGUUUGAGGAUCUUCUUAAUCGUCGUAAACAUCGCCGUGGUUUCAAAAUAUCAUAUGCUUUGUCAAAAUGCGGCGGCGAAAUUAACUUUAAAGAAGAAAAAGAACUGAUGUCAGUAGUUAUUUCGUCGCCUGGUUUCCCUUUGCCAUAUCAUCAUAAUCUCGACUGUGUUUGGAACAUAUCUGCUCCUGAAAAAAGGGUUAUUAGCAUUAAACACACACAUUUGGAUUUGGAAGAAUCAUCUGACUGUUUAUUUGAUUUUGUGGAGUUCUUCGAUGGUUCACAAAUUAGCAAUGCAACUAGCAUGGGUAAAUUCUGUGGCGCAGUCGUCCCUUCCAGUCAACUGUCAACAACUGGUCGAUUCCUGGUUGUAAGAUUUUAUUCGGAUAGAAGUGCUAAUAGAGGAGGAUUCAGAAUUAUUGCAACUGCAUCUCUUGGUCCAGAUGGAGGAUGUGGUGGAGAGAUCAAUGUUAAUAAUAGUUAUGAGCUCAUAGCACCUCUGAAUCCAAAAACAGGCCAGUAUUACAAUUUUUUACGCUGUGGUUGGACACUGAAGGCACCGACAGGAAAAAUUCUGGAAAUGCGACUAAAAGAUUUAGAAUUGGAAGCGCCUGAUGCGGAAACAGGACGUUGCUAUGAUUACAUUGCGGUUUAUGACGGUUAUAAGACGAUUUCCCCUAUGCUACUAUCAAACACAUGCAAAAUUGUAGAACAACUUCCUUUGAUUAUGAAAAGCUCUUAUCGUGUCCUGCACAUUUAUUUCGAGUCAGAUUCCGACAAAACAUUCAAAGGAUUUACGAUGGAAUUCAAAACUAUUACAGCACCAUGUGGAGGUCGAAGAACUGCUGCCACUGAGCCUUCUGAACUUCAAUAUGAAAGUGAAAAAAUGCUUACACGAAUAUUCCCUAAACAUCAGCGUUGUCGUUGGAUAAUUUAUUCAAAAGAGCGAAUGCCCCUACGAGUUGAAUUUAGCCAGUUCUCAUUUCCUUCUCUAACGCCCGAUUGUACCGACGAAUACAUGGAAAUACGUGAUGCUGGCACACCUGCUGAUUGUCAUCAUCCUGCUUGUCGUGACACUAGUAAUGGACUACAGAUUGUUAGACUUUGUGGUAGUACGCUUCCGGCUGAUUUCAUUUCAGGGACAAGUGUUAUUCAGAUAACAAUAUCGGCAAUUCUGCAGAGCGAGCAUACCGCCAGAUUUCGCCUCUCUUAUCAAACGCUUAAUUCAUGUAAUCGAGUAAUCGCCACCCAACAAUCGAUGACCGGUCAUAUAACAAGUCCAAAUUAUCCAAAUCCUUACGACCAUAAUAGCUCCUGCUAUACUACCUUAACGGCUUUAACCGGUUAUCAGAUAUUUUUGGUUUUUAAGGAUUUCAAGCUGGAAAAAGUUCGCCGAUCGUUUAAUGGUCAACUGUCUACUUCUAUCCGGGAAAUGUUAACCGGUGAAAGAAAUUUUGGACCGUUUCAAAAUGUAAUUGAUCAGUAUAGUGGCCUUUACAGGAAUGAAUUCUGUGAAUAUGACUAUGUCGAGAUAAUUGAUUCCUUCGAAAAUCGAACAGAACGAUAUUGCGAUUAUAAACUCCCGCCCAGCUUUCUCAGCUCUAGUAACACAUUAGAAAUUUAUUUCAAAAGUGAUAGUACAAUGGCACCUGGAGGAUAUGAUGCCUAUUAUUAUACUGUUCGACCAUCAGACAGUCUGUCAUUUGUGUACUACGAUUUUGGUAUCAUAAGUGAGCCUCAAGGUGCAAUAACAAAUGUUGGCUAUCCAGGAUAUAAGAAUCGACAGAGGAUGAGAUGGAGGAUUGAUCCACCGAAUGGCCACAAAUGUAAAUUAAUUCUAUUAACGAUGGAUUUUGGAAAAAACAUUAAUGGUGAAUGCACUGAAGGUGAUCAUCUAGUGCUGGGUGAGAUCGGAGCUGAAGGAUCCGAAAAUAUACCGCUCAGUUAUCUUCCAUGCAGAGAUGCUGUGACUUUGCCGAAAGAGAUACCUGUUGAGCCGGGUACUUCAACUCUUCUUGAAUUUUAUACCGAUGAUGAUACAGCGGAUAAUGGUGAUGGAUUCAGGGUCGAGUGGAUUUGCGAGAAUUAUUACAUUAUGCAAGUGUGA